AUGUUGUUUGUGAAGGUUGCAAUAUUUUCGGUACUUUUAUUCGUACAUUUUAGGAAUUUAAAUGCUGAUUGUAUUCAAAAAAAGCUAUGUAGUGCUUGUAUACAGGAACCUGGAUGUGGAUGGUGUGAAAUUGCACAGAAGUUGGAGGCGUAUAGGAAAGCUAGUUUUCGGAAGCCGGACCAGAUGUUGGAUUUGACGCUCGCUCGUUUAAAGGGAGAGGCAAAACAGUGGUCGGUCUUGUACAAAGGUUCUUGGAAAACGUAUGACGACUUUAAAGCCGCUUUACUACGUACCUAUUGGAAUACCAAGAAACAGCGAGAAGUGCGCUAUAAGAUAAGCCACGAUCGCUAUGAACCGACGAAGGGGGACAGUUUAUUUGGACAUUUAGCUAAACAGGUCGAACUAGCGUCUCUGUUAACACCUGCGAUUCCUCCCGACGAGUUGCUCGCGAAUUUAGUGCAACAUUAUCCCGAGGACAUACAAAAUUUAUGGAUGGUGAAAGGAUCGCAAACAGUGAUUGAGUUCGGCGAGUUUUUACGGCAGUAUCAAGACACCAGUUCUUACACUUUUCGAGAAGUUCACUGUUUAAAUGAAACUUCAGAACUAGCCAAAAACUGUUCGGGAUUUUACACUAUAACUUCCUCAAAAGCUGAUAUGAACGAUGAACCACUGUCAUCUAAUAUACAUGUGAAACCGCAAAAGAUUGUUGUAAAUUUAAGAAAAAAUCAGAAAUACAAAUUUAAUUUUCUCUACCAACAAGCCAGUGAUUAUCCAGUUGAUCUAUACUUUAUAAUGGACAUGUCGAAUUCCAUGAGAAAAGUUAAAAAAACAAUUGGAAAUUUGGGCAAAUCUAUUUUGGAAAAAUUAAAUAAACUAACGAAAAAUUCUCGAAUCGGUUUUGGUUCUUUUAUCGAUAAAGCUUGUUUGCCGUUUCAAAAUACUGGUAAUAACACUAUUAAAGAAAAUACAUACAGUUUCAAAAACAAUAUUGCCCUCACAAACAAUUCAGAAAAAUUUAAGAAAGCAGUAGAAGAUGCUUUGACCUUACCAAACUUGGAUUGUCCUGAAAGUGGGUUUGAUGCUCUGAUGCAAGCGAUGGUUUGUAAGAAAGAAAUAAAUUGGAGGGAGGAUUCCAGACAUAUUAUAAUACUUGCAACUGAUGCGGCAUCUCAUAUGGCAGGUAAAACUUACACUUUUUUACGAAAACAUUUUAUAAAAAAAGUGCCUGGAGGUUUUUUAACUAAAAAGCCAGCGUAA